AUGCCUUCUCAAAAACCAACAAUCCUCCUCCUCAACGGUCCAAACCUCAACCUCUUGGGCACUCGCGAGCCACAAAUAUACGGCUCUACGACGCUCCCCGACGUCGAAUCGCGGUGCCAGACCCUCGCCUCGUCCCUCGACGUCAACCUACGCCACGUACAAUCCAACCACGAGGGCGCCAUCGUCGACGCCAUCCACUCGCUGCGCCAAGACCUGCCGCUGGCCGGCGUCGUCAUCAACCCGGGCGCCUUCACCCACACCAGCGUCGCCAUCCGCGACGCUCUGCUGGGCGUCGGGGUGCAGUUUGUAGAGCUGCACGUGUCAAACGUACACGCCAGGGAGGCGUUUCGUCACCACAGCUACCUGAGCGACAAGGCGGUCGCUGUCAUUUGUGGGAUGGGUGUUGAUGGGUAUGGGGUUGCGGUCGAGUUUAUGGCAAAGAGGUUGAAGGCUCAGGCUGGGGCUAAAUUGUAA